AUGAUAAGAAAAGUUGUUCUCAUCCACUACAAUGGUGAAUGGGUGCACAAAGAAGGUAAUGAUGACUACAAAGACAUGUGGAGUCCCAAGCUUUUACACAAUCAAAUAUGGAGAGUAAAAGUAGAUAUUCCUCCCGUGACUCCCAAAACAACUACUGGAGAUUACAGCGGAUCCAAGAUGCUUCCCCACACUCCCUUGACCCCUCUUAACAAUCUCACGUCGUGUUCCAGUGAGGAUUAUCAGUCCAAGAAUGAAACCAUCAAGGGAGAUGGUGGUGUUAAAGUUACGUUUAUUUGUCCCUCUUAUUAUUCGAGUACUAGUGGUCCAAAGGCUAGGAGAUGUCUUGAACCAGUAAUGACUCCAUCAGCCAAGAAACUCCAAUGUCUUCAUGAUGCGACAACAACUCCAGCGCCAGUUCUGGAUAUUCCUAAACCCCCGAAGGAUAUGAAGUACAAUGAUCUACGUGUUGGUAACACUUUCAAAAUCAAGGGGGAGCUGAAACUUAUACUUGCAAUAGCCAAAGUAGAAAGAAAUUUUGAGUACAAAGCUUUUAAAUCCGACAGCCAGAGGUUUAUUGCCAAAUGCAAAGACAAGACAUGCGAGUGGCGUGUGCGAGAAGUUCCCUUAGAUUCUUGUGGGUGGUGGAAACUCACAGUUGCAAACGAUGUGCAUACUUGUGAAAGCAACAAAAGGACUGACCCUGAAUUAAGAACCAAAGCGGCCACUACUGGAAUUACAGAGCUUUUCAAGCACAAAUUCAAAGAACUAUAUGCGGCCUUUACGCCCAAACAACUGGUUAAGGACGUAAAAAGGGAUUAUGGAGUGGUUAUCAAUUACCGGCAGGGAUACAAAGCUUGCAAGCGUGGAAUUGAGCUGAUCAAAGGUAGCCCCGAUGAAUCGUACCAAUACCUCGUUGGUUGUAGUCACAUUCUUGGUGCUCGAAAAAAGGGUACUGUUACAGAGAUUGUAACUGAUUCGGAUGAUUCUUUUCUAUAUUAUUUCUUUGCUUUUGGAGUAUGUAUUAAAGGAUUCAAAAACUGUUUCAGACCCGCAUUUGCGGUUGAUGGUACACAUCUUAUAGGGCCGCGCCAAGGAGUUCUACUGUCAUCCGUUGGAAUGGAUCCCGACGAGUCGAUCUAUCCUAUUUCUUUUGCUGUUGUUGAUUCAGAGAAUAAUGAAUUUUGGGAAUGGUUUAUGAGAAAGUUAGUCGGAGUACUUGGCGAUAAGUAUACUAUGAAUGAAGAUGUUGUUGUGGCAACAGACAGGCACCCAUCGAUCAGUAGAGCCAUAAGGUUGGCAUUUCCUUGUGCUAAUCAAGUAUACUGCAUCCACCAUCUUUCAGAAAAUAUAAAACAGACGUACUACAGCGCCGCGGCUUCGGUGGCAUUUACAAGAGCUGCAAAAGCGUUUAGCAAUGAUAAGUAUGAACUUGCUAUGAGAGACCUAGGUUUAGUGAGCCCCUCUGCUUUAAAAUCUGUAGUGGAUCUUGGAACGGAAAUGUGGGCCAGGGUGAAGGCUAGAACAUGUCGUUUUACUCUCAUGACUACAAACGCCUGUGAAACUUUCAAUUUAAGAAUAGCUGAUGUUAAAGGUCUUCAAAUAUGCCAUUUAGUCGAUUACAUACGCAGGUUCCAUAUGGAAUGGUUCUGCGAACGUAGACAACUAGCUCGUGAUUGGCAAGAUCCUUUGAGUCAACAUGCACGAGAUAUAAUCAAAGAACGGUGGGCUGUGGAAAAAAGGUUUGUGGCUUGCCAUGUCGAUGGGGACGAAUAUGAAGUGGACGAGGGUGACUAUGAAGAGCAUCACACCAUCUAUCUUGACCGAAGGUCUUGCACGUGCAAAGUGUUUGACUAUCAGCAUCUUCCGUGUCCCCACGUACUUGCAGUAUGUGAGAUGAUGGUAUUUUUUCAAUGA